AUGGAAACUCUUGUACUCCUUUUGCUUUUGUGGGCUUUCUUACUUUCAAUAUCAAAUAAUUGCUUGGGAAAGAAUUUAAUUUCAAGCACGCAAUUUCUGAAAGAUGGGGAUACCAUCAUCUCAAAAGGUGGGACCUUUGAGAUGGGAUUUUUUAGCCCCACCAAUUCCUCAAACCGUUACGUAGGAAUCUGGUACAAAAAAAUUCCUGUUCAUACAGUGGUUUGGGUUGCAAACAGAGAUGCUCCACUUGCUGCAGACACAUCAUCUUCAUCAACAGUCUUGAAGAUCACCCUGGGAGGCCAACUUGCACUUCUCGGAGACAAGGGUCAGGCUGUUUGGUCUGUGAACACAUCAAGAUCGGUGCGAAAUCCGGUUGCAGAGUUGCUGGAUUCAGGGAACCUGGUGGUGAGAGAUGCAGAGGAUGAAAACCCGGAGAAUUUUCUCUGGCAAAGUUUUGAUUAUCCAACUGACAUUUUUUUACCCGGAAUGAAGGUUGGGUGGAAUUUGCAGACUGGGCAUGAGGUUUUUUUAACAGCUUGGAAGGGUGAAAAUGACCCAGCUUCAGGCCAAUAUACAAUGCACCUGGAUCCUACUGGGUAUCCACAAUAUACUCUUAAGAAUAGAACAACUGAGAUUUUUAGCUCAGGUCCAUGGAAUGGUUUGCGCUUUAGUGUAGCACCAAUAGAACAGAGCAACACCAACCUGCCUUAUGGACUGGUAAGAAAUAAAAAGGAAGUUUAUAUUUGGUAUAAUACCAGUCUUUAUUUGGGUAUAUAUAGAUUUCAUCUUACAAGCAAUGGUAUUCUAAAAUUAUGGGUAUGGGAAGAUGAAAUCAAACAAUGGGUGAGCUUUUAUAGCGAACCGGCAAAUAUUUGUGGCACAUAUGGUUUAUGUGGUGGAAAUGGUGUCUGCAACAUACAUCAUGAAUAUAAUCAUAGUUGUGGAUGUCUGGCCAACUUUUUGCGUAAUAAUAAUGCUACAGAGAGAUUGUCAGUAGGAUGUCAUAGGAGAAAACCCCUGAAUUGCCACAAUAAUGGAUCCUCAUCGGACGGAUUCUUCAAAUAUUCUGGUAUCAAAUUGCCAGAUACAAAACACUCUUGGUAUAAUGAAUCUAUGAGCCUUCAAGAGUGUGAACGAGUUUGCUUGAGUAAUUGCUCUUGUAUGGCUUAUUCCACUCUCAAUAUAAGUAAUGGAGGAAGUGGAUGUUUGAUGUGGUAUGCUGAUUUAGUUGAUAUGACAACAAUACGAGAUGGCCAAGACAUAUACAUCAGAUUGGCUGCUACCGAAAUACCAGGGUUAACACCAGAACCACAUCAUUUAAGCUCAUUGGGGAGGAAAAUAAAAAUCCUUGUGCUUUGUUUGUCGAUGCUGGUUUUUAUAGUUCUUGUUGGGGUAUCUCUUUUCUUGUAUUUUUCUAAAUCAAAAGGGAAAGAGCAAAUGUUGAAGCAAGAAUUAGAGGUACCAGUUUUCGAUUGGUCAGUAAUAUCAAGAGCUACAAAUAACUUCUCUGACAUGAACAAGUUAGGCCAAGGUGGAUUUGGAGCUGUAUACAAGGGUGAAUUGGAUGGGGGAGAAGAAAUAGCUGUGAAGAGACUAUCAAAGAAUUCUAGGCAAGGUCUUGAGGAAUUCAUGAAUGAAGUCAUUUUUAUUGCCAAAUUACAGCAUCGAAAUCUUGUUAAGCUUUUGGGGUGUUGCAUGAGCGAGGAAGAAAAGAUGUUGAUCUAUGAAUACAUGCCUAACAAAAGUUUGGACUUUUUCAUAUUUGAUCAAACAAAGAAAAAGUUGCUUGAUUGGUCAAAACGCUUCAACAUAAUUAAUGGAGUUGCACGAGGGUUAUUAUAUCUCCAUCAAGAUUCUCGACUAAGAAUAAUCCAUAGAGAUCUCAAAGCUAGUAAUGUUUUGCUUGAUACUGAUUUGAAUUCAAAGAUAUCAGACUUUGGGUUGGCUAGGAGUAUAGUAGAAAAUGCAACUGGAGAUAACACAAAUCGAGUUGCUGGAACACAUGGGUAUAUAUCUCCUGAGUAUGCAACACAUGGGAUCUUCUCAGUUAAAUCAGAUGUGUUUAGCUUUGGUGUUUUAGUAUUAGAGAUAGUUAGUGGCAAGAGAAAUAACAAAUUUUCAAAUGAAGAUCAAUAUGAGACCCUUCCUGGGCAUGCAUGGAAGCUUUAUAAAGAAGGAGAAUCACUCACACUAGUUGAUGAGCAUAUAUCUGAUUCAUAUGAUGUAGCUCAAGUUCUAAGGUCAAUCCAUGUUGGUCUUUUAUGUGUGCAACAAUCUCCAAAAAAUAGACCAAACAUGUCUUCUGUUGUUCAAAUGCUGGUUAAUGACGCUGCGUUGCCACAACCUAAAGAGCCUGGCUUCUUUGCUGGUAGAAGGGCUGCAACUAUAGAAAUUUCUCAACCACUAACUCUUUCAGUAGCCAUGGAACCUCUUUCGCUCAUUUUGCUUCUGGCUUUCUUACUUUCAAUACCAAAUAUUUGCUUGGGAAAGGAUUUAAUUACUAAAACCCAAUUCCUUAGAGAUGGGGAAACCAUGGGUUCAGAGGGUGGAACCUUUGUGCUGGGAUUCUUUAGCCCCACCAAUUCCUUAAACCAUUACAUAGGUAUAUGGUACAGACAAGAUCCAGUUAAGACAGUGGUCUGGGUUGCAAACAGAGAUGCUCCACUUGCUGACACAUCUUCGGCUGUCUUGAAGAUCACCCUGGGAGGCCAACUUUCACUUCUUGGAGAUAAGGGUCAGGCUGUUUGGUCUGCGAAUACAUCAAGAUCGGUGCAAAAUCCGGUUGCAGAGUUGCUGGAUUCGGGGAACCUGGUGGUGAGAGAUGCAGAUGAUGAAAACCCGGAGAAUCUUCUCUGGCAAAGUUUUGAUUAUCCAACUGAUCAUUGGUUAUCUGGAAUGAAGUUAGGGUGGAAUUUACAGACUGGUCAUGAGGUUUUUUUUACAUCUUGGAAGGGUGAAAAUGACCCAGCUUCAGGCCAAUAUACACUGCACCUGGAUCCUACUGGAUAUCCACAACUUAGUCUCAGGAACAGAACAACAGAGAUUUUUAACUCAGGUCCAUGGAAUGGUUUGCGCUUUAGUGUAGCGCCAGUAGACCAGAGCAACACCAACGUUGGCCCCUAUGGACUGGUAAGAAAUAAAAACGAGGUUUAUGUUUGGUAUAAUACCAGUGUUUAUUCGGGUUUAUUUAGAUUUCUUGUUACAAGCAAUGGUAUUAUAAAAACAUGGGUAUGGGAAGAUGAGAUCAAACAAUGGGUGAGUUUUUUUAGCGAACCGGCAGAUAUUUGUGGCAAACAUGGUUUAUGUGGUGGAAAUGGUGUCUGCAACAUACAUAAUGAAUAUUAUCAUAGUUGUGGAUGUCUGGCCAAAUUUUUGCCUAAUAAUAAUGCAACAGAGAGUUUGUCACUAGGAUGUCAUAGGAGAAAAUCCCUGAAUUGCCACAAUAAUGGAUCCUCGUUGGACAAAUUCUUCAAAUAUUCUGGUAUCAAAUUGCCAGAUACAAAGCACUCUUGGAAUAAUGAAUCUAUGAGUCUUCAAGAGUGUGAACGAGUUUGUUUGCGGAAUUGCUCUUGUAUGGCUUAUUCAACUCUCAAUAUAAGCAAGGGAGGAAGUGGGUGUUUGAUUUGGUAUGAUGAUUUAGUUGAUAUGAGAACAUUACAGGAUGGGCAAGACAUAUACAUCAGACUGGCUGCUACCGAAAUACCAGGGUUAUUAACACCAGAACCACGUCAUUCAAGCUCAUUGGGGAGGAAAAUAAAAAUCUUUGUGCUUUGUUUGUCAAUGCUGGUUGUAAUAGUUCUUGCUGGGGUGUCUCUUUACUUGUAUUUUUGCAAAUCGAAAAGGAAAGAACAAAAGUUGAACCAAGAAUUAGAGCUACCAGUUUUCGAUCGGUCAACAAUAUCAAGAGCUACAAAUAACUUCUCAGAGAUGAACAAGUUAGGUCAAGGUGGAUUUGGAGAUGUAUACAAGGGUACAUUGGAUGGGGGAGAAGAAAUAGCUGUGAAGAGGCUAUCAAAGAAUUCCACACAAGGUCUUGAGGAAUUCAUGAAUGAAGUAAUUUGUAUAGCCAAAUUACAACAUCGAAAUCUUGUCAAGCUUUUAGGGUGUUGCAUUAGCGGGGAAGAAAAGAUGUUGAUUUAUGAAUACAUGCCUAACAAAAGUUUGGACUUCUUCAUAUUUGAUCAAACAAGGAAAAGGUUGCUUGAUUGGCCAAAACGCUUCAACAUAAUUAAUGGAAUUGCACGAGGGUUAUUAUAUCUCCAUCAAGAUUCUCGACUAAGAAUAAUCCAUAGAGAUCUCAAAACUAGUAAUGUUUUGCUUGAUACUGAUUUGAACCCAAAGAUAUCAGACUUUGGUUUGGCUAGGAGUGUACUAGGAAAUGCAACUGGAGAUAACACAAAACGAGUUGCUGGAACACGUGGGUAUAUGUCUCCAGAAUAUGCCGGGCAUGGAAUCUUUUCCGUUAAAUCGGAUGUAUUUAGCUUUGGCGUUUCAGUACUUGAGAUUGUCAGUGGUAGGAGAAAUAGUGAGUUUAUCAAUGAAGAUAAAUAUGUGGCUCUUGCCGAACAUGCAUGGAAGCUUCAUAGAGAAGGAAAAUCAAUUGUGCUGGUUGAUGAGCAAAUAACUGGUUCAUAUGAUGUAGCUCAAGUUCUAAGGUCAAUCCAUGUCGCCCUUCUAUGUGUGCAACAAUCUCCAGAGGAUAGGCCAGACAUGUGCUCUGUAGUUCAGAUGUUGGUUAAUGAUUUUGCAUUGCCUCAAGCUAAAGAGCCUGGCUUCUUUUUUGGCAAGGAAUAUUCUUCAGGCACACAUGCAAAAGGUUCCCAAAAUGAAGCUACAAUUACAACAUUGAAUCCUCGUUGAAUGUAUACUUUAGAUUUAUUUAAGUUCAGUAUGUGGUUAACAUAUAUAUCUUUCAUUUUAUUUAAUAUGCACAUAAUAUGUCAAUUGAAAACA